CGCAGCAUGUUCUGAAAAUAUCGACUACACGAUAACCAUAAAAACCGGCAACCGAGCCAAUGCCGGCACUGAUGCUCUAGUGUUCAUGACUAUAUUCGGCUCCAGCGGUUCGACCGGCAGGCUGGUCUUGCCUAAUCAGUCGGCCGGCAACUUUGAGAAGGGCGACACGGACAUGUUUACGUUACACACCACCAAUGUAGGACGGAUCAGUUCUAUAGAGAUUGGACACAACAACCACGGCAGUAAUGGUGGCUGGUUCCUCGACUACGUUGAAAUAAUACAGAAGUUGGCAGCCGUUAGCGACAACGACAUUAGACCUGGUACUACCAAGUACCGGUUCGACAAUUUUAACUGGAUCGCAUCUGAUGAGGGGGAUAGGCUGCUGAUCAAGAAAAUUAGUACUAACUACCCUGAGGUCAACCUGGGCUAGACCAGCAUCUGUACAGCUAAAUCACCGGAAUGAAUGAAUUUAAAUUUAAGCAUUUAACAACAUUUACAACUGCAUAUAAGAUUCUUUUGAAAGUGUAACGUAAUGUAAAUAAAUAAAUAAAGCAGUUUAUUUAAGAUAC